AGAGGUUGGAGAGGACACGCCCCCACAGGCGCCAGCAAUGGGUUUGAGACUCGAGGAUACACCAGGGAGCACUCGGCAGACAAAGGAGAGAUUGCAAAGAAAGGAGACCCCUUUACCUUCGUCGGAAAAGACUCCUUUGCCAGAAGGGACGGCAGAAAGGAGGAGAGAGAGGGCAGCUGUAAGGAGAGAAGCUUUGACUUUGAUUGAUAGGCACCUAGCAGCUUAUGCCCUGGAGCAUCCAGACCUGGAAGAGCCAGCACCUGCUGAGCUGCGCCGGGAGCCGUGCCAACCUGAGAAGGAAAUGGAAGCAGAAAUCCCGAAGAGGGUCGACCUCCGCACGAGGGAAAGGGUGCCAGCUGGAGAAACGGCUGAAGAAAAGAGGGUGAGAAGAACAAAGCGGAUAAAUGAGAUAUGGCAAGAAAGGCAGAGAUUGGAGGCGGCGGGGGAGCUCCCGGAGCAGCAACAGGAGAAGCAGAGAUCAGAGGCAGCAGGAGCACUCCCGGGUCAGCCACCCAGCAUACCCGCUAGGGCCCCGGAGAUCCCUGAGAUGUGGAGGGACUUCUGGGAGCAGAGAGGAGAGGAGCUUCCAUCGCCAGUCAGAGCCGGGUUUGGGGUAGCCAGGAAGGCGGAAGAGAGGUUAGAUCGUAAAAUCAAGUUCCUGGCCAAGACCACUUUUGACCAGCACUCGUUAUUGGAGGGCGAUCUGACAGGGAAGAAGAUAAAGGAAGUAAGCCAUGGAGUACGUCUGGAGGCUAUGGAGAUGGAAAUUCAAGAACUCAGGAUCUUGGUGGCCAGCCAGGCAGCUAUCAUCGAGAGCCUAAGGCAGCAAACCCAGGAAAGGGUGGACAGGCCAGAGAGCAGCAGGCAAGGAGAGCAGAGGCAGCCAAGACAGGGAUUGCCUGGACAGCCACCUGCAGCGGAGCCUCGCCAGGAGCCACCUAUGGGGAGAGCUAUCCUGGAGCCAAAGGAGGCGAGAGCCCAGAGACAGGCAGAGAGGGAGGCGUUCGAGUUUAGAGCCCCUACUGAGCUUGCGACGCUGCCAGUAGCGGCGGCAGGCCCAGCCGUACCUUUGGCAGUAGGGGAGGGGCUGCCACCAUCUAGCAGUGAGUCGGCUCAGGGCUCAGCAGAGGGAUCUAUGGGCGUGCUCCUUGDGGCGGUGCAUGAUAUGCAGGAGGAGAGCGGCCUGGUUCACGAGGAAUCAGCAUCCCCGGCCUCAAAGUAUUCAAAUAGUCAAGCCAAGAACGCCAUGAAGUACAAAAUGGAUUGAGAAAUCUAGAAAAGAAAAGAUUUAGAAAUUCAAAGAAAAG